CUGUGGAGUCACCUUUUACUGAUGCUUUGUGCAGGAAAACAAAUGGAAAAUGAAGCCAGAGCAGAGCUGUCCAUUGCACUUGGCACUCUCAUCCAUGAAGUUGGCCUUUUCAUCGACCCGGAGCAACCCUGGCUGUGCUGCAGCCCAGAUGGCAUUCUGGAUUCAGAUGGAAGAAUGUGUCUGGUCGAGAUAAACUGCCCAUUUUCUUUAAAGGAUAAGAAACUCAUCAAUCAUGAACAUGAAGAAAGCUUCAUGCCAAUGAUGAUUAUGUUGUACAUUUUAGGUAUGAGAGAAGCGUUUCUUUAUUAUUUAUUCAUCACAGCAAAGCAUCACUGUAUGUGUAGAUGCGAUGAAACAUUCCUCGCAGAAUAUAUGCCCGAACUUGAGACCUUUUAUUUUAAACAUUUCUUGAGUGAGAUAGUUAAUCACACCUGAAAGCAUUCUCAUUGUUUUGCUUCCUUUAAGUACUAUGUGAUGCACCAGUGAUAUUGCUCUAGUGCUUUGAAAUGUUUUAGAACACCUGAAAGCAUUCUAAUUUUUUUGCUUCUUUUAUGCACUAUGUGAUGCGCCAGUAACUGUAAAUGGCACUCUAUUUUGGUUUAUGGUGUUUAACGUUCAAAAGCGACUCAGGCUGUGAGAGACGCCAUAGUGGAUGCUCGGGAUAAUUGCAACCAGCUCAGGAUCUUUAACAUUGUCUGCUAUGAUCGGACCUUUUGUGUUUGGAGCUGAAGACAAACCGGCAACACCGUGAGGGGUUCGUUCUGAAUAAUCCAUGGGAAAGUUGAUAAGCUUGGUGACUAAGCCAAGCGGCCAGAUGGCUGGUGCAAAGAGAGCCAGAAAAGGUGACUCACAAUAAUGACAUGCUCAGCACCUUUUCGUGUCUAGGUGCAGGGAUUUGUCACCCUGCGUCUAAGCUACUGACGGCUUCGGCAUUGUUGCAUUGUCACCACCACUGAUAACGAAUGCUACCCGCCGUGGUUGCUCAGUGGCUAUGGUGUUGGGCUGCUGAGCACGAGGUCGCGGGACCGAAUCCCGGCCACAGCAACCGCAUUUCGAUGGGGGCGAAAUGCGAAAACACCCGUGUACUUAGAUUUAGGUGCACGUUAAAGAUCCCCAGGUGGUCGAAAUUUCCGGAGUCCUCCACUACGGCGUGCCUCAUAAUCAGAAAGUGGUUUUAACACGUAAAACCCCAUAAUUUAAUUUUUUUAAUAACAAAUGCUCUGUCAACUAAUAAUCCCCUUGGGGUGUCAUAUUGAGACUGAUACUGCAUUUCACAAAUGAGGUGAACAAUGUUUCCCCUAUUAAGUGGUCUAGGGAAAGCAAGACAUUUAAGCCGCAUUUCGAGAUGUUAGAUUCCUGCAACCAGCAUGAUGUAAAUCAACACCUUUUCGAUUUAACGAUGUAUUCCUCACUGAUGCUUGAGGGCUCCUGGCCGAAAGGCGACAAUGAAUCCUGGCAGUACAGACAUCGCAGCAUACACGAGCUUCUGUAAAUAAAUAGUAGUCUAGUCACCAAAUCACAGCAUUUGUUUGUUCGCACUUUUGUGUGCCCUGGAAGAGCACAUACCCCAGAUCCUGAGAUUCAUAUACCCUGAUCCAUUGUCCACCUGGUGCGGCUAGGCGCGGCUGUGCGGAGGGAAUGGACAUUUCGCAAGCUGCUGCCGCAGUGGCGCUGCAUGUCUGAUUUGAAACAGCAGCGCUUGAGGCCUAUAACGAACGUUGAAGCAGCUCGGCCUAGCGUUUGCCAUGGUGGUGAGGUAAUAAAGCGGCGGAAGUAGUGGCUUUGGUUAAUGCCGUUUCGGACCUGCGGUCACAGCAAAAAGUCCAGAAAAUUGGACAGCGAAGGGCUCUUGUGUCCGAAGUUUCAGACGUACUUAGACAUUGAUUCUAUGGGGUGCGUGAUAUUGCCGCGGAGCCGUCAGGCGUCCGGAAAGUCUGCCAUUGACUGUAAACUCCUCCAGUCGACGGCGUCAAAAGAUGAUCCAUUACGAUCCCUCUCUGUUACGCAAGCCAGCAUUACUGCGACUUUCGUUCCCUUUCAAUAAAAUUACAGCUAAUUUUUUCUGAUAGAAGCAAAAAAUUCCCCCGAGUUUUCCCUGCGUAUUUCCAGACUAUUCAAAAUCCCUGAGAAUUCCCGGUUUUCCCAGUUCGUAGACACCCUGGUAUUACGGACCUCGCUGUCGCACUGGCCAUUUACAGUUUGGGUUGUUAUCUCGAAGGGCAUGCAGCUUUCACAGUGUGCACAUGGUAAUCCCAUAGUGUGCUGGCAAGCACUGUUUAAACAUAAAGAAAAUGAAGUACCUGAUUAGUUACCUGCUAAGCAAAAUGAUAACUGAAUUGUUUGCAUUAACUGUGAUGUAAUGAACUAAUGGUUGUAACUGAGCAUCCUCAAAAUUGCAUCUGAACAUAUUUCUUUUUGCUUAUGAAUUAUUUGCGCAUUUCAGUCUUGUCUCCUGCAGGUACAACUUGAGUCAAACAAGAAAAAGAAACAGCGUGGAAUGAGCAUUUGGUGUAUGGAAAAGGCGCUUCGCAUGCCUGAGGAUAAAGCUGCUGACGGAGACUGACCGGUCUGCAGCCAUUAUAACAGCUUGUUCAGCGCUGCACAACAUUGCCUGUGUGCUGCGAGACCUUAGUCCGCAUCCUGAUGAGGAACAACCAGGCAGGAGUAUCCCGACACACUUCUGGGCACUGAAGCAUGCAGCUGCUCAGCGCAUGUUAGCUGCUUGGAAAAGAUAUGUUCCAGCUACACUCUCAAAACAGUUGCGUUCUUUGGGGUUUAUAUUUGCCUCAAAACAAUAA